AUGGGCACCACAUUGCUGCUUAGACCUCGUCAACUACUGCGUACGUAUUGGAAUUCUUCCGCCGAAAUAACCACCUGUCAGGACAACCACCCCGUUAAUUGUGCUACAGCUUUACUGCUGAUCACAGAUUUGACGGCGAAGGUUGAAGGUCCAGGAAAUGUUCUUGAGACAAUCCACCGCCAGUGUAUAGACGAAAAUCGUGUAUCUGCGGUUACUAUGUCACUGGUCAAUGGUCAUGGCGGUUGCUGUCAAAGAGUUCACUGGUCGGUUUACAGAUAA